AGGCAGGAGACAGAAUCACAGGGGAAGUGCGAGAGAGAACGAACAGUUAGGAGAGAGAGAGAGAGAGAGAGAGAGAGCAGCGUGAGCAAGAAAGAGACACGGCGUAGAGAGAGAUAAAGACGGAUAAAGGAGGAGAGGACAUUCACAACCCACAGCAGCACCAGCAGCAGGAGCAGCAGGAGCAGGAGGAGGAGCAGCAGCAGAGAUGGAGGUGCAGACGGAGAGCAGCAAGCCGCCUCCGGUCGAGCCCCAGUCAUCCGGAAAGAUCAACAAAGCCGCCUUCAAGCUGUUCGGCAAGCGGCACUCCCGCGCAGGCAUGGCCAGCAUCUUCUCCGUGCGGAACAAAGGCGAGGGGGGCGGCAGCGGCAGCGGCGUGAAGGCGGAGGGCAAGGCGCUGGAGCUCGUUAGGAGCAAGACCCACGACGGCAUCAUCACGAGCGCCGCCACAUCCACCUCGCCGCUGUCCGACGGGCCCGAGGGGACGCCCGGGAGGCCGGCGGAGUCGUCCAGCAGCGACCAGCUCCAGUCCGCCGCGACGCCCUCGACCAGGAGCUCGCUCAGCAAGUCCCUCAGCUUCUUCUCCCUGCUGAGGCGCAGCAGCGUGCGGGGAGGGGACGCAGGGGGCAGUGGGGGCCCGGCGGGGGCCGUGGUGGGGCGCAGGGGUCGCGGGGGGCUCAGGGGGUUCUUCAGUAGCCUGCGCUGGCGUCGGAAGGAGCGGCCGAGCCAGGAGGAAGUGGCGGCGCCCGCGGUGGCCGGGGAGACGCAGGAGGGUCAGGAGGUGCGAGUGGGAGACGUUGUCCUGACCGCCUCGCGCUCGGAGAGCGUCGAGGUGAUCAAGGAGGGUGCGACUCUGACACUGGACCCCGACCGCCAGGCGCCGGCCGCAGAGGACGGUGGAAGCCGGAGCGCUCCAGUGCAUUCUGGGAAGCUGGAGGCGGAAGCUCAGGGAACACGAGCGGAGUCUGGGAGAGAAUCUCCCCCACUGCCGCACGCUGUUUUCGACGAGAGGUCUCCGGACGUCUCGCCACUCAGGGUGUCCAUCAGCAGGGCUCGCGACGGGGAGGUCAAGCUUGGCAGCCCGGCCCGCUUGGCGGCGGACUCAUGCUUGACCCCUCCCCUGGAGCGCAGCCUGGCCGACCCUCCAUCUGAGCCGUCGGUGGACCGCUUGUGCUCCAUGUUCAACGACGUCACCUCGCUCAAGAGCUUCGACUCUCUGACGGGCUGCGGCGACAUCAUCGCCGACGUGGAGGACGAGCCCGGUAACGGCGGGAGUGGCACCAGCAGCGGGACGAGCAGUAGCAACGGCGGCGGGGGUCGCAGAGCGUCCGAGAGAGGCUCCCCGGCCAAACCCACGCUGACCUCGCAGGUGACCGCCGUGCCCGUGUCUACCUUCCUCCCGGCCCACCAGCGAGCCCGUGCUGCUGCCGCCGCCACACCAACCAACGCCGCGUCCACUGGCGCCUCCGCUGCCGGCCCCAAGAAGCCGUCCACGGGGAAGCGGUCGGCGCGGGGCAGCGGGGUGGUGGCGUACAUGGGCGGGGGCGAGGAGAUGGCCAGCCCGGAGGGGGUGGACGACGCGGACAUGCAGGGGCUCUGGCACAUGCUGCCGCAGAAGGGCGAGGACUCGCUGGACCUGCCGCGCUCUGACCACGGCCUGCACCACGCACCCGUGACACCGUCGUCGGCCCGCGCCGAGAAGCAGCGGACGACGCCGCCGGUCAAGGGGCUGGGGCUGAGCAAGAUCCCCGUGUGCGGGAGCGGGCGGCCGGGAAAGCAGCAGCAGCCCGCGCGUCCAUCUCCGCCGCCGACGGACAAAGAGCUCCAGGACGCGCCCACGAGCGACGAGGGCUACUGGGACUCCCCGACGCCCGUGGCCGAGGACGAGGACGCCGGCGUCCUGCACAGGGAACUCCGCCUGCCGCGGGAGAGCUGCUCUGGGGACGCCCUGUACGACCUGUAUGACCCGGACAGCCCCGGGGCCGCGGGCUCGGACGAGGAUGACCUGAGCUCACCGUCUCCCUCCACGGAUGACGUGAACCUCACGCAGGCUCAGUCCUCCUGCUCGUCCUCCUUCCGCUCCAUGAAGGGCAGCACCAGUCUGCCGCGCGACUCCAAGAUCCCCGUUAGCGUCCGGCACACGCCGCCGCCUCACUCGUCCAGCCAGGGCGAGCUCUCGGCCGCCGUCAGCCCCACGCCCCCCGUCCAGCCCCCCGCCAAGAGCAACAUUCCGCCCCCACGCACCCGCAUCCCCGUCUCCAAAGUCCCCAUGCGCCGCUCCGCCGCCAACGGCAACAAGCCCGCCAGCACCACGCGCAACAGGAAGUAGAGAGACUGGACUCGACCUGGCCGCUGCUCUGCACAGACACGCUGCCUGGACAUCACGGAUUACCGAUUGCACCACUGAGAGCUUUUUUCAAAUUCUUUUUUGAUACAAACAGCGAACAACAAUUUUUGUUUUGGAACGAACAGCUCACUUCACAGGCCUCCUGGACGAUAAGUG